AUUCAAUAAUAAAACACUUGCUAUAUAUCCAUUAUUCAACAGUCAAACACUUACUAAUAUGUAUAUAUACUAAUAAUUAAACACUUACUAUAAAUAUGUAUAUAUAUACGCAUAUAUGCAGAGACGUGAAACAACAACGAACCCACCAAAUUAUUCUCAUCAUUACAUCGUCCAAACACCAUGGCUUCUGCUACUGCGAUGUCUGCCAAAGCGAUCCCGUUGAGGAAUCUCAGCAACCGGUCUCUUAACCAUCGAAGCUCUCUUCUGGGUUUCUCCAGAUCUUUCCAAGACUUCAGGAUCUCAUCCAACGGUCCAGAUUUCUCCGCUCUAUCAAGACCCAAUUCCAAGUACUCGACCGCCGCCAGAGCCUCCAUCUGGAACUGCUUUGGUCGGGAGAAGUCUACUCCACCUAAAGUUCAAGAACUCCAUAUCUACGAGCUUAACGAAGGAGAUCGAAACAGCCCUGCCGUCCUGAAACUCGGGAACAAACAGGAGCUCUGUCUCGGAGAUCUUGUCCCUUUCACCAACAAACUCUACACCGGCGACCUCACCAAGCGCGUGGGAAUCACCGCCGGUCUCUGCGUCCUAAUUCAGCACGUGCCCGAAAAGAACGGAGACCGAUUUGAAGCCAUAUACAGCUUCUACUUCGGCGACUACGGUCAUUUGGCCGUACAGGGACCGUACCUGACGUACGAGGACACGUUCUUGUCCGUCACCGGCGGCUCCGGCAUCUUCGAGGGAGCGUACGGACAGGUCAAGCUUCGUCAGUUGGUGUAUCCGACGAAACUUUUCUACACUUUUUACUUGAAGGGUAUUGCUGAUUUGCCGGCGGAGCUCACCGGAAAACCGGUCGAGCCUUCGACGGACGUGAAGCCGUCUCCGGCGGCUCAGGCGACAGAGCCAGGCGCAACCAUCCGUAACUUUACAGACUAAAUAAAUCUCCUCUGUUUCUUCUUUCGUGUGUUUUGAUUUGCAGUUUUUCCUGUUCGGUUGUUUUCAUGAGCUGUCAGAUUUCUGUCUGAUUAAAAUAAAACUUAAUAUUGAAACUAUUACUUAUUAUA